AUGACGACGAGCGUCGACACCGUGCGCGUGCUCGUGCGCGUGCGUCCGCCGAACGCGCGGGAGAUCGCGAGCGGGUACGCGAAAGCGUUGACGGUGCACGAGCAGCGAGCGAUUACGCUGCACAAUCGCUCGAACGCGCGCGAGAGCGUCAAGGGAUCGUCGUGUUACGCGUACGAUCACGUGUGCGAUGAGGCGGUGACGCAAGAAGAGAUAUUCCAGCGCGUCGGUCGAGACGUCGUCGAUGGCGUGGUGGAGGGGUACCACGGGUGCGUGCUGGCGUACGGACAGACGGGGGCGGGAAAGACGUACACGAUGCAAGGAAUCGAGGGCGCGAGGGAGGCGAUUGAGAGCGGUGACGGGAGCGAUUGCGACGUGCGAAUGAGUGAUGAUGAGGAUGGGGGCGCGGAGGAGGGUGGAUUGGACGACGCGCACGCGGGAUUGAUCCCUCGAUGCGUCGCGCGAUUGUUCGAGCGGUGCGAGGAGGCGAGACGGGCGGCGAGCGAGAACGGCGGUGAUUGCGAGAUCGAGGUCAAGUGCUCGUACUUGGAGAUUUAUAACGAGACGUUGAGGGAUCUUUUGGUGGCGCAGGAUCAGGAUCACGUGAACGCGCCGAACGUGCGAGAGGACGCAAAGAGAGGGACGUUUGUUGAAAACUGUCGAGAGGAGCGCGUGCACGGCGCGGAGCAGACGUACGAGACUUUCCUGCGAGGCGCGGCGAAUCGCACGACGGGUCAGACGAAGAUGAACGCUGAUUCUUCGCGUUCGCACAGCGUGUUCACGAUCUCGGUCGAGUCGAGAACUCGCGCGCACGCCGGGGCGCCCACGACGAAGAAGAGUGCCCUCUUGCAUUUGGUCGAUUUGGCCGGAAGUGAGCGACAGAAGUCCACCGACGCGGCUGGCGAUCGUCUGAAGGAGGCGAGUGCGAUAAAUAAGUCGCUCAGCGCGCUGGGUAAUGUCAUCAAGGCGCUCGUGGACGUGGCCGAUGGCAAGGAGCGACACGUCCCGUAUCGCGACUCAAAGUUGACGUUUUUGCUCAAAGACGCACUCGGUGGGCGCGCGAGAUGCACCCUGCUCGCGUGCGUUUCUCCCGCGCACGUCAACUCCGAGGAAACGAUGUCGACACUAAAGUUCGCCCAGCGCGCCAAGUUGGUAAAGGUUGCAGCCGUAAUGAACGAGGAAUCCGAGGGUUCGAUGAAUGAGCUUGCGGCGGAGGUUGGACGACUCCGAGCGCUACUCGCCGAGGGCGGUGGCAACGGGAAUGGUGGCGACGCCGGAGCGAAAAUUCUUGAACUUGAGGCGGUCAUGGCGAAGGCAAGUCGUGCCUCCGCGGCUGCGGCCAAGGAGAGCGAAGAGGAGCGCGCGCGACUUGAGGAAAAGCUAGAGCGCGCGAAGGAGCUGUGCGCGUGCUUGGACAAGAAUUUACAAUCCGCGAAGAUGGUGAUUCGAUUGCGCGACGAAGCGUUGAAGAGGAAAGAGCUCUCACCAGAAACCAUCAGUGCGGAGAUCGAGGAAUUAAGAAAGCAAAACGAGCACCCGCCGGAGGUUGUUCGCGUUCGCAUCGAGCUCGCGGCGUUGCAAGAGCGGGCCGAUCGCCUUCAAGCCGAAAACGAGCGUUCGGCGAAUCGCGGACGUCUGGCGACGAUCGAGGCCGAGUUGUUGGAUCUUCGGAAGCUCGUCGCGGCAGAGGGUGAGCUCACUGCGAGGGCAUUGGAAGAAAAGGCUGAAGCGCUCAAGCUCGUGGACGAGGUUGAUGCCCGCAACAAGCUUCUCGAAUCAAACGCCGAGGCAGCCGAACGCCGCGCCGUUCAGUGCGAGGAAGUUGCCGAAAACGCGCGUUCGGCACUUCUCGCCGCCGAGGUUCUAGAAAAUGAACACAAAAUGGCCAAAGAGGUGGCAGACGCGGAGCGGGCGCGUGUCCAGGCGACGUUUGAAGAGAACAAGGAAAUCAUGGAAGAAAUGUUCUCCAAAUUGGAGGUACUCACGGCAUACAAGAGCCAAGCCGACAAGGCAAAGGCUGAACUCGAAGUUCGGCUCGCACAAGCCGAGGCCGCGGUCGCGAACGCGGACUUGACUUCCGGUGAGACCGCCCGCGCGCUUGCGAAGGCUGAGUCAGAGCUCUCAAAGGCUAAAGAGGAACUCGCGGCCGUCGUGCAAAAAGCUGAAGAAAAUCUUCAAGAGGAAUUGGCCAAGGUCGAGCGCAAACAUGAAGAAACUAUGGAGACGGCGCGCGUGAAACACGAGUCCGCGAGCGAGAAGCGCGUGCACGAGUUGAGCACCCGUCACUCUGAGGAAACGGCGACAUUGAAGAGAGCGCACGAAGCCGAGAUGCAAGCGUUGAUUAGCGAACGAGACGCCGCGAUCGCGAGCGCGAAGAGCGCAGUCGAGAGCGACAUCAGCGCCGAGCGCGAGGCGCACGCUUCCGCUCUGGCGGAACAAGCGAGGGAACUUGAGGCAAAGUUCCAGAACGAAAUGGUCCGCUUGCGCUCUGAACACGAGCAACGCGCCAACGCACUCAGAGAUGAAGAGGCUCGCGCGAUUUCGAAGCUUCGAGAGGAAUUCGACGUCGAAAAGGCUGAUAUGAUCAACGCGCAGGCAUCAAAACUCGCCGCGCAGGCUCAAGCUUUCGCUGAGCAGAUUGAAAAGAUCAGCGCUUCGAACGCUGAAGCAAUCGCGGCAGUCGAGCACAAGCACGCGGAAGCGACUGCAGAGCUCGAAGAAAAGCUCGCGAGCGCACUCGAGCGAAGCGAGGGCGUGUCGUCGAACUCGGAGGCCCAUACUUUGGAGCUUGCGGCUAUGAACGAGGAGCAUAUGAAGGCGAUGGAAGAGUUGGAGGCAGAGUACAAAUCGCAAAUCGCCGAGCUUGAGCGAGAGCUCGCGAUGCGAGUCGAGGCUGAGGGCAACACGAUCGCGUUGGAAGAGCAUACGAUCACCCUGCAAGACGCCCUUGAGGAGCAAAAGAGUCUGCUCAGCAACGCCUUCGCUGCAGACAUUCGAAACGCGGAGAGAAAGCUCGCUGCGGCGAAGGAAGAAAUCUCUCAGGCCAAGUCGACCGCUACGGCUGAAUUCGCCGCGGCUGGAAACGCGCAAGGUCAGAUUCGCAAACUCCAGGAAGAACUCGCAUCGAAGGACGAAGAGAUUUGCAAUCUUCAGCAUAAGCUUCUUCUCGCGCGAGGCGGGGCGCUCGAGGCAGAGACGGGCGACGAAGAAGCGCAUACGAGACCCGAUGCCCGCCUUUUGGACUCGGCAAAGGCGGCUCGUAAGCGAGCAGAAGAACGCGCUCAGGAGAUGGAAGCCAAGAUGGCGGCGCUCACGAGCGAGGUAGACGAAGUGAAGCAGUCAGCGGCGACGACGAAGACCAAAUACUCCGCGGCACGUUCGCGCAUUGAGUCUCUCGAGGUGGCGCUGCACGCGGCGAAAUCCGAGCUCGCACAGUUGAAAGGCGUGGAUCCGCCUCCGCUCGCCAAGACGCCUGGUCGAACGCCAGCGGCGAAACGCCCGGCGAGCGCUCGAACACCAGCGAAGACGCCGGGAUCCACUGCGCGUCGUAUUUUGAGUGAAGUGAACUCAACGGCGCCGCCAGGAAGUCCGUCAGCCGAACGCCCGGUGAAGCACAUGCGCUUCUCCAGUCCCGCCACCGGAGCAAGUGAGCGCCCCAAACCGAUCACGGGAAUCGAGGGCUUGCGACGUGGUACCAGUCGUUUGCUCUCCAAGCCCGCCAUGCGCGUCACCAAGCCGAGCAACGAGUGA